UUUCUUCUUCAAUCUUUAUGCUCACGCUAUAGGAUAAACAAAAAAAAAGUUGUCCAUCCCACAACUCUCUUUGUCUCGUGCAAACCUCCCAACUACUCAAUUUCUUUCUUCAUUCAAAAACCGAUACUGAACUAACACAAGGAUUUAAUGCCGAAGCGAAGAAAAUCAGACGAAGGGGAAACAUCAACGGCGGACAAGGUAGUGACCGUACUUUCAUCAGUAGAGAAAGAUACGCCCUUAAAGAAACCAACGCAUAUAAAGAAGGGGGAGAACAAAGACGAUCUGGUGGAUGAAAGUCCUUUGAGAUCUAUAUUUUGUUUAAAAAGGAUCGUCGACAUGAAGCGCGUUGAGGAGCCUGAGGAUUGCUUUAUUCUUGAUCUUAACUCUUUCAAUCUCGAUGACGUUGCGAAGCUCUCCGCCGCCAAUGACAGUGAUGUUGAUAAAGAACUCUCUGUAGUCGCCGAGCGUGGCCAGAGAUUAUCCACAUUCAAGGCAUCUUUGUUUCUAGAGAUUAUCCACGUUCAAUAGAAAUCAGCUGUUAACACGCCAUGUCAAAAUGAAAAUUGAAGAAGAUUGAAGAAGAAAGACAAAUGAAAGAUUUUGAAAGAAGUAUAGAGAUGAGAGAGUGGAGAUGGAAGAGAAAGGUAGGUCAAAACAACAGUUAACUUGCUUUUGUCACAGGGUCAUUA